AUGUUUAAGGGCUCCUUCCUCUUUGGAGCAUGGAUUCUCUCUGCUUUUGUGGACUUGCUGCUGAUAGAGGCUCUUCGCUUCAUGUUUGAAUUUAAAGUGGAUGUUCUUCCAGCUGGACUAUUGGGCCCAGUCUUUGCUCUCUUUGUGCCUUUCUACAGCUCCAUUCCACGUGUUCAGGUCACUCAGCUUCUCGGCCACAUCUCAAUCACAAACAAGUCUCUGACGUACAUUGUGGGCGCACAGCUCCUGACCUCAAGUGCCUACAUGUGGGUGGUUGCUUGCAGUGGACUAAUUGCAGGCAUGUUGUAUUAUAGUAAUAAGUUGGCAGUCCAGAAGUUCAUACGGGUUCCAGGAUGGACAGCCAGAUGUGGUUCGGUGCUCCUAGAGCCGGUCUUCUCCGAUUCUGAGCCCACUGCAGAGGCUCCGCUGGGGAUGGGCGCUACUUUAGACAUCCAGAGACAGCAGAGGAUGGAUAUGCUGGACCAGCAACUGCUCCUGUCUCAGCUGGAACACCUCAGGAGAAAUGCACAGCAACAACAGGCUCCGCAGACAGGUCUCCUGAAUUGGAACAGAUUCUUCCCGACUCUAAGGCACAGAGGACAGAACCGGCACCAUGAGGGUCCCCAGCCGCAACAGCCCCCUUAUAUGCACCCGCCAGAUAACACAGCUGUGGCUGAGGAGCAGGUUGCAAGAUUAAUGGAGAUGGGUUUCUCAAGGAUGGAUGCCCAAGAAGCUCUCAGAGCAUCUAAUAAUGACAUUAACAUUGCAACAAACUUCUUGCUUCAGCACUAAGAUUAAAAUAUAUCAAAGAUGACUGGGAGGACAAGGAGAAUGAGUUUUUUUUACUUCUAUAAGAUCACUAAGUUGAAAGUACUUAAGAACACAACACUGGUGUCAUAACUACACCUGCUGGAAGAAGUUAAGAGCGCUGAUACACAACUCACAGGAGCUGAUGAUGUCACAUCCUUUCUGACUAGACAGUGUGGCGCUCCUGCUGCUGUCUUGCAGUGCUACAAGGAGUUGACUUGCAAUUGCAACCCUCUCUGGUCCACAGGAUAGAGCCAACAUGGUGGACAAUUAUACAUUGUGUCUCAGGGCUUGUACCAUUUGGCAUCGUCCUUGAACCUACAUCGUCUUAUAAUUAAGAAUUCUAAAAUAUGUUGAUAAAUUAUUAAACCAUGUGUUGUUUUGCUAUAAGUAAACUGAUUAGAAGUCUUAAUGAAAUAGUUCAUCCAAAAAUGUACUCAUUGUUCUCAUGUUGUUCCUAAGCUGUGUGGUUUUUCAGUCUUCCAUGGAACACAAAUGAGGAUGUUUAACAGAAUGCCCUGGCUGAUCUUUUCCAUAUGAUAAAGGUAGAGAGUGACUAGUGGCUGGCACGCUCCAAAAUAAAGGACUAUAAUGGCACUUUUCCACUGCAUGGUAGUGCUCGGUAUGGUUCACUUUUGU